CCCGAAAUCUGAACCAGAGGAAUAAACCCUAAACCUAGCAAUUGAGAUUUUUUGCGGAGCACGGAGAGAAGAUGGAAGGCGAAGGUGUGCUGCUGAUAGCGACCAAACAACGACUGCUUGUCGUCGACUUGACGAAGUUGCAAAACCUUGACUCCACAGAUACCGAAUUUCCGGCAGCGCCGCUAUCGGCCGUGAAAGUGUUCAAUUUCGUGGAGAAGGGGUUUCCCUUUGGAGCGAGUUUUUUCAUGCGGGAAUCCAAACUCUACAUGGUCGGCGGUGAAAAAACUCGUGCCGGAUUAUCAGAAGAAGAGCUUUGUACUCCAUCCAGCGCCAAUCUUGAUGAAUCGUUUGGGAAAAGAGGGCUUUCCCCGUAUAUCUACGUUUCGGAUCUCACGACGCUGGAUUCCAUCACCCAAUUCCGCGAGCACCCUCUCACCAUGCUUGCGCCAAAGACCAGCCCCAUUAUCGAAGAGAUUGAAGGCAAGAUUUACGCGCUCUCGGGUCCUUCUUGCCACUAUAAAGAUUUCUUGCCGGCCCCCGUGUUUGAGGUUUAUGAUCCAUCACUUGACCGAUUGGAGGCCCUGCCUCUUCCUCUCUUCUACCAGGAAAAUAGUUAUGAUGGCCCUGCUUAUAUUAUUCAUGACUACUCUGUUGUGGGAACCACCAUUUAUGUGCGGGCUGGUGACAAUUAUUAUUCUUACAGCGUCAAUGACAGAAUAUGGGAUUUUCUAGGGAAUUCACGGCAUGAAAUACCCGUCCAGGCACCUUUGCUGCCUGGUAUUAAUGGCAAGUUUGUGCCUGCUUACAAAGACAUCCUCAUCUACUUUUCUCUCCAUGCCCUGUCUGCAUUGAUGCUCCCUCAAGAUGGGGGUCCUCCUUUAAUUCAGUUUUUGCAUGAGGUGUACGAGGAUCGUCUUGAUAUGGUUUCAUGGAGGGAAGUGGGAGUAAUUGUUGCACUAGGUGGGCAUGAGAUGUGCGUCAUCAGGCCUAAAGUAGUAGAAAUUGAAAAUGUCAUCAUCCACCGCAUUUAUGUGGCCACUUUUCGUGUGGAGAAACUGAAUUCGUCAUCUCCAGCUCCCAAGCUAGCCAAGACUGCUUCUAACUCCCAAACUUCUGAUCAUGAUAGUGAUGUUGAAGACAGAGAUGGUUCAGCACCUAUUCAAGAUAGUGAUAAUUUGGCACCCGUUCAAGAUAGUAAUCAUUCAGUACCCUUCUUGUCUGUUACAUGCCUCAGCAAAGGUUUCUAUAACCUCCCUGAAUGGGGUUGUGAAAGGCCUAAAAUUCGCAGUGCCUUCUUCCAUCGAUGGUCUAAAGUUUCUCCAAAGUAAGAUUGUUGAUUGGUUUGAGGAUUGAGCUGUCAAGGUGGUUGUUUCCUGUAAUUUUGGCAUAAGAUGAAGUGCACUGCCUGAGUAGAGAAGUGAACCAAUUCACUUAGAGUUCUAGUUCUUUCGAUGGUUUAAAUAUUCUCUGUCAAUGGCCUCAAAGUAGUCUCUAUCUUUCUUUGUUGAAAAAUGCUUCAAUUCCUUUUCACAUUCUUUUGUGUAGAUGUCAUUUUGCAAAUAUUUUCAAUGAUACUGUU